AUGGAGGAGGUGAUGGAGGACGUGAUGGAGGAGGAGGUGAUGGAGGAGGUGAUGGAGGAGGUGAUGGAGGAGGUGAUGGAGGAGGUGAUGGAGGAGGUGAUGGAGGAGGUGAUGGAGGACGUGAUGGAGGAGGUGAUGGAGGAGGUGAUGGAGGAGGUGAUGGAGGAGGUGAUGGAGGAGGUGAUGGAGGAGGUGAUGGAGGAGUGUCUGUGGUUGUGUGUCUGUGGUUGUGUAUCUGUGGUUGUGUAUCUGUGGUUGUGUGUCUGUGGUUGUGUAUCUGUGGUUGUGUGUCUGUGGUUGUGUAUCUGUGGUUGUGUAUCUGUGGUUGUGUGUCUGUGGUUGUGUAUCUGUGGUUGUGUGUCUGUGGUUGUGUAUCUGUGGUUGUGUGUCUGUGGUUGUGUAUCUGUGGUUGUGUGUCUGUGGUUGUGUGUCUGUGGUUGUGUAUCUGUGGUUUUGUGUCUGUGGUUGUGUGUCUGUGGUUGUGUGUCUGUGGUUGUGUGUCUGUGGUUGUGUGUCUGUGGUUGUGUGUCUGUGGUUGUGUAUCUGUGGUUUUGUGUCUGUGGCUGUGUGUCUGUGGUUGUGUAUCUGUGGUUGUGUGUCUGUGGUUGUGUAUCUGUGGUUGUGUGUCUGUGGUUGUGUAUCUGUGGUUGUGUAUCUGUGGUUGUGUGUCUGUGGUUGUGUAUCUGUGGUUGUGUGUCUGUGGUUGUGUAUCUGUGGUUGUGUGUCUGUGGUUGUGUAUCUGUGGUUGUGUGUCUGUGGUUGUGUGUCUGUGGUUGUGUAUCUGUGGUUUUGUGUCUGUGGUUGUGUGUCUGUGGUUGUGUGUCUGUGGUUGUGUGUCUGUGGUUGUGUGUCUGUGGUUGUGUGUCUGUGGUUGUGUGUCUGUGGUUGUGUAUCUGUGGUUUUGUGUCUGUGGCUGUGUGUCUGUGGUUGUGUGUCUGUGGUUGUGUGUCUGUGGUUGUGUAUCUGUGGUUGUGUAUCUGUGGUUGUGUGUCUGUGGUUGUGUGUCUGUGGUUGUGUGUCUGUGGUUGUGUGUCUGUGGUUGUGUGUCUGCGGUUGUGUGUCUGCGGUUGUGUGUCUGCGGUUGUGUAUCUGCGGUUGUGUGUCUGUGGUUGUGUAUCUGUGGUUGUGUGUCUGUGGUUGUGUAUCUGUGGUUGUGUGUCUGUGGUUGUGUAUCUGUGGUUGUGUAUCUGUGGUUGUGUGUCUGUGGUUGUGUAUCUGGGGUUGUGUGUCUACGGUUGUGUGUCUGCGGUUGUGUGUCUGCGGUUGUGUGUCUGGGGUUGUGUGUCUGCGGUUGUGUGUCUGCGGUUGUGUGUCUGCGGUUGUGUAUCUGCGGUUGUGUAUCUGUGGUUGUGUGUCUGCGGUUGUGUGUCUGCGGUUGUGUGUCUGCGGUUGUGUGUCUGCGGUUGUGUGUCUGCGGUUGUGUGUCUGCGGUUGUGUGUCUGCGGUUGUGUGUCUGCGGUUGUGUGUCUGCGGUUGUGUGUCUGUGGUUGUGUAUCUGUGGUUGUGUAUCUGCGGUUGUGUGUCUGUGGUUGUGUAUCUGCGGUUGUGUGUCCGUGGUGA